GAGUGGUUGUUUCCUUAAUAUUUUUUUUUUUUUGGGUUAAAUAUCAUAUGGUUUUGUCCAUGCAAAUGAUAGUGUUUGCUACUGUUUUGAUUUAUUUAUAUAUUUUGUUGGGUUUUCAGGAUAAUUGGGUUUUGGGGGCAGUUGAAGGAUAUUCUCUAAAUAGCAUGUCUUUGGAGCCGGCGGAUGAAUAUGAUUACAUGGCUGAAGAUGAGGAUAUGGCUGAUUUUGUGGAUGACAUGAAUGAGGAUAACAAUGAAAGAGGUGGUGCAGAAAUGGGGGAUGAUGAGUAUAAUAUGCUCACUAAGGUGACAGACACAUCCUCUGCUCAAGCAAGGAGUGGAAAAGAUAUUCAGGGCAUUCCUUGGAACAGACUGAAUAUAACAAGGGAAAACUAUAGAGUGACUAGACUUGAACAGUACAAGAAUUAUGAAAAUGUUCCGUCAUCUGGAGAUGCUGUGGAUAAGGAAUGCAAACAAAUGGAGAAAGGUGGGAACUACUUUGAAUUCUUCCAUAAUACAAGAUUGGUUAAGCCUACAAUCCUUCACUUUCAGCUCAGGAACUUGGUUUGGGCUACUUCAAAACAUGAUGUCUAUCUCAUGUCUAACUAUUCUGUUAUGCAUUGGUCAUCAAUAUCUUCAAAUUUGUCAGAGCUCCUGAAUUUUUCUGGACAUGUGGCUCCUUCUGAGAAACAUCCCGGGAGCAUAUUAGAAGGUUUCAUGCAAACUCAGAUAAGUACAUUGGCUGUCAAGGAUAAUUUUCUAGUUGCUGGUGGCUUCCAAGGAGAACUUACUUGUAAGCGUUUGGAUAAAGAGGGAGUAAGCUUCUGUACCCGAACCACUUAUGAUGACAAUGCCAUUACAAAUGCUCUUGAGAUAUAUGACAGUCCAAGGGGCGGAAUCCAUUUCAUGGCAUCUAACAACGAUUGUGGUGUAAGAGAGUAUGACAUGGAGAGCUUUCAGCUUUUGAAUCACUUCCGCUUCCCUUGGCCAGUGAAUCAUACAUCAAUAAGCCCAGACCGCAAGCUUAUUACUGUUGUUGGAGAUCACCUAGAUGGAUUGCUGGUGGAUUCCCAUAAUGGAAAGACUGUGAGCGCUGUGGUAGGUCAUCUAGAUUACUCUUUUGCUUCAGCUUGGCAUCCAAACGGAAACAUCUUUGCGACAGGGAACCAGGACAAAACAUGCCGGGUGUGGGAUGCAAGGAAAGUUGGAACCCCCAUUGCAGUUCUCAAGGGAAACUUGGGUGCAGUUCGAUCAAUACGGUUCUCAUCAGAUGGGCAGUUCAUGGUGGUGGCAGAACCUGCAGAUUUUGUGCAUGUGUAUGACACAAAAGCGGACUACAAGAUGCGGCAAGAGAUAGACUUCUUUGGGGAGAUAUCAGGGGUGUCCCUCAGUCCAGAUGACGAGGCACUCUAUAUAGGAAUUUGGGAUCGGACCUAUGCAAGCUUGCUACAAUACAACAAAAGGCAUAAAUAUGGAUAUCUGGAUUGCUACCUGUAAUAUUUCAUCAAACGAGUGCCCAUCUCCAGCCAUCCUCCCUCUCUCGUAGGAGUCUGUUUCUUUGAUACAUGAAUAAGUUACGCUUUGGUGGAAAAUUUUCCCACAUGUACAGUCCCAGCCCAACUUCAUAACAAACUUGUUUUGGUGGAUUAUCUUCUUCUUCUUCCAUUAUUUUUUUCAAUAUUUACUAAAAUUGAAAAAGGGAAAGUCUUGUAUUUGGUUUUGGUUCUCUCUCUCUCUCCCCAAAACCCAUGUUAUAGAAUUAUACAAAAUUGUAUUAUGGGUUAUAGUAGGUUAUUUAAAUCAUUAAUCUUGGGAGCUUAUUUUUGAAA